ACAUGCAAUGGUUAUUACUGUGAGGAUUUUAAACCAAACUCAAGCAACAAGCCGAAGAUGUGGACAGAGAAUUGGACUGGUUGGUACACAGAGUUUGGAGGUGCUGUACCAUACAGACCAGUCGAAGAUAUUGCAUACUCUGUUGUACGAUUCAUAGCAAAAGGAGGUUCCUUCGUCAACUAUUAUAUGUAUCAUGGAGGAACAAAUUUCGACAGAACAGCCGGUGAGUUCAUGGCUUCAAGCUAUGACUACGACGCUCCUCUUGAUGAAUACG